GUCGUGGUGCGCUUGCGGGUCCCUCCUCCCACGUCGUGAUAGGCUGAGAGGGUACAGUUUCCGGUUUUGAUGUAGAGUCGGUGGGUUGAGUUUGGUUGGGGAGGCUUCAGUGUCUAAACCGAGAUAGAUCUGGUUUAGGUGGCUGUAGUUCUGGGGGAGCGGAUUUUUAUCGCUUAUGACCACUCGCCUAUUUUGAAACAAUGCAUCUCGCUACCGGAUUUAGUUGAUGCCGAAUCGAAAUACUAAGAAUAUCACCCCAGCCCCCGAAAAGGAGACGGAAGGGACUGAGUCUGGUUAAUACGUAGUCUGUUGUCCCACGUGGAACAGAAUCGCCAAGAUGGUGGAACCUCUUUGACAGCAGCCCAACAGAAAAGGAUUGUGCCCUAGAAAUAACUGACCGCAAGUGUGACGAGGCGUGCGUAUCCCAUGUUGCAUUAAUACCCAUGAAAUGCUGGCCUGUCUGCCAGGACCAGGUGACCUUCCCUUCCAGCUUCUUUCUCACACGCAGAUGAACACUGGACUCCAGAAAUGGGACACUACACAGAAGAUGAGAUCCGCACAGUAUCCAACCCCAGCGGAAUUGGAUGCUUAUGCUAAGAAAGUCGCCAACAAUCCACUGACUAUAAAAAUCUUCCCAAACAGCGUGAAGGUUCCUCAAAGGAAACACGUCCGCCGCACGGUGAACGGACUGGACACCUCGGGACAGCGCUACAGCCCCUACCCUUCUCAGGCCAGCACGAAAGCGGGGCUCCUGGCGAUCGUCAAGGUCCCCGCCAAAGGGAUCCUCAAAGACUUCGACGGAAGCAGGGCGCGCCUGCUGCCGGAGGUCAUCAUGAACCCCCCCAGCGGGCCCUACAUCACGCCGAGCACUUUAAACCUCCCCCAGACUGUCCCUCACCCGCAGGGUCUGCCCCGGCCCCAGGGCCUGUCCCACCAACAGACUAUACAGCAGCAGGCCCAGGGCUUGCGGCACCCGCCCGGCAUGGCGCAGCCCCCCAGCCUUCAGCACCCCCCGGGCCUCCCCCCCACGCAGACUCUCUCCCACCCCCCCAGCCUGGGCCACCCGCCGCCCGGCAUCUUGCUGCAGCAGCAGCCCCUGCCGCCGCUGGGCCUGCAUGGGAGCAGGAAGAUGGCGGACGCCGACGCCCCGCCCAACGUGACCGUGUCUACCUCAACCAUUCCGCUCUCCAUGGCCGCCAGCCUGCACCAAAACCGGCCGGCCGACCUGAGCAGCAUCGUGCACCAGAUCAACCAGUUCUGCCAGGCGAGGGCCGGCAUCAGCACUACCUCUGUGUGCGAGGGGCAGAUCGCCAACCCCAGCCCCAUCAGCCGCAACCUGCUCAUCAACGCCAGCUCCCGGGUGUCUGGGCACGCCGUCCCGGGCCCCCUGCCUUCUUGCGUCCUCAGCUCGGCGGACCAGGCCGCCACGGCGCAGGCGGGAGCCGUCCCCGCCUCGGUGAUGGCCACUGUGAACAGAGUGCCCGCCGGCUACCACGGCGACGUCAAGCAGCAGCAGCAGCAGCAGCAGCGCUCCUGGAGCCAGCACCAGCUCGCCCACCUGCAGCACAUCUCCGAGGGCGGGCCCGGGCAUCACCCCUGCAAGCACUCGGCGCGGGACCUCCCAGGGGGCCCCGGCUUCCCCUGCAAGGCCUUGAACUACCCACAGGAGCUGUGCGUGGGCCAGCCGUUCAGCUUGAAGCCCCCGGUGGACAAGCCCACCCCCUCCCCACCCGUCAACGGGAUGCCGGGCGCCAUGACCUACACCAACGGUCACUACUUCCAGCCCGUGUGGAAUAACAUCCUGCCAACGCCAAAUAGUGACAGCUCCGGGUCGCAGGACCUGGCCAUGCCAUUCCACGGAGGCCCCCCCGCAACCUCGAUAGACUGUGCCGCUGGGGCGCACUACAGGGCUGGAGCUGGUUCCUCCAGCCAGACUAGCGUGAUGCAAACCAUGGAUUACUUGGCCGGGGACUUCCAGCAGCCCUGCUUUAGAGAUCAGAAUCUGAGCAUGUUGGGCAAAAUGCACAGGCCCUCUAUGAGCAGAGCCCCCGAGCCAGGCGAUAGUAGGAAUACUCAUAUUCAGCAUCCAGGGUACAGAUAAGCUACAGCCUUGUCUACACAUUUAUUGAUCUCUCUUUAGUCUUAAAAAUUUAAAAUGAAUAAAUUAAACCGCUAAUAUUAAAGAAUAUAAAUCGGAGCAGUGUUUUUGUUGGCAAUCUUGCAAGUGAUCCCCUUUUUGCUCUUUUCUUAGUGACUAGUACUCUUGAACUUAAACAUUGGCUGACCGAGCAAGACUAUUUCUGUCAUAUCUGUUCCCUUCACUCUAAUUUGUGUCAGUCUGCGUGGGUUGCCUAGGAAUUUUACCUUGAUCUUUUAAAGCUUCCUUUACACAUAGGGAUUUUAAGUUCUGUGAAGUUAAGAUAUCAAAUGAUGGGAUGAGGCCGGAGUCUGGGUUUUAGAUUUGAAUCGAUCCCGAUGGAGGGAGGGGAGGCACUUUGGCAAAUUGUACAAAUGGCUGCCUUGUCAGUUUCCAUCUGACCAUUUCAGUCUUCUGCUCACUUUUUAAAAUGCAACCAGAUUGCAGUCUCAAGGGACGUAGGUUUAGGAAGGGGUUCAUGUGACUUUUCACCUUUAUCUCAAUCCCUUAUCACUUUUGUUUGACACUAUAUAUAUAUAUGGACACAGACUGUGACGCUAAUGUGUUUCUGCUUGUCGGAAGAGUUUUGUAAUACCUCUCAUUUUUUUCCCUCCUCUCUUUAUUCAGGUCAGGUUUUCCAAGAUGAAGUGUCACCUGAUAAUUUGUACAGAUGUUCAUUCACUUUAUAAGUGGGCUGCAUGCUAGCCAGUACUGCUGACACUCGUUCCACCCCCAGGGCAGUGCUGGGAGAAUCCAGGCCCAGGUGCCCAGGAGUCGAGCUCAUUGGUCUUGACGUGGUAGCUAGGGCCUACCCACAGAGCAAACACAUGACUGUUGGCUUCCUGACUGUGGGGUUGGGGGUUUUGAAAGCACUGAAUAGGAAGUAAACUACAAGAACUAAUGGUGCUGCUUCAGAAGUAGCAAGACUUUUCUUUUUGUUAAACAGAUGACACUACUACUUGAACUCUGGGAAGUGGGAGAUGCAGAGAAAUGUUUUUGCUUUCCCAUUUUUUUUGUGCGAACCAAAAAAAAAACAAGCUUCCCUUUCAUGGUUACUUUGUUGCGUUUUGUUUUUAAACCCACUUCAUUCUAAAAGCCACGAUAUUUAUCCUGAUGAUGAUGGGAUCUUGAAAACGUAGGUAGGAGGGGAAGAACCGAUCACUUGCAAGAUUGGAGGAAAAAAAACAGCAAAUGCAUUGUUUAUUUUAAUGUACACUGGCUUACCUACUAUACUACUGUAACUUAAAGUGUAAUAAUUCUGUAUGAAUGUUUUGCCUGUUGGUGUGGGUUUGAGUAAUGUUGUGUGUGGGUGAAUCCACUGACACCUGCAAUCUGUUUUGCCUCCCGGACAGCCCUUUAAAAAGCCUUAAGUAUUUGGUCCUUGGACUUUCCUUAAACAAGCAUGGUAUAAAAAGGAAAACUAAGAAGAAUAAUAAAAAAUAACAGCUUAAGUUUUUUUGAAGUGAAGCUAUAGUUAAAAUAGGAAACAAUUCUUAGAAUUUCUUAAAACAAUAAAUUAGAGUAAUAUUUUAUUGUAAUUACGUUUUAUAGGUGUGUGUAGUACUGGGCUGUAACAAAUGUCUUUUCAGGUUUCAAAGCUUCAGUUUUGCAUUUUGUGACUAUUUAUAUGACUUGAUUUGCUUGUUAUUUAAAUUGACUUUUUUUUUUUGCAAGUGCUACAAAAAGGGGGGUGGGGGGUGAGGGUGGGGGGGGAGACCCUUUGGCCCGGGCAGAUUUAACAGCGCCCUCAAGUGGCUGUGACAAUAGAGACAAGAGCGCGGGAGUUGUGCUACCUUUUUUGUAAUAUUGUAAUAAAAUAAAGUUCUAAUUUAUGCUUUGAAAGGCCGUGCCAUACGGAUGUCCUAUUUUACACACGCGAUCGCAUGUAUCCUCUUGACAUCUGUCGCGCCUUGUUGAAGGGCAUGUUCCUUGAAAGGCGCUAUAUAAAUUAGUUCGAUAUAUGCAAGCCUGCGUCCAAGGGAAAAAAGUGGGACACCAUGCAGUCACUUGUAUGGGCAGGACGGUUUUAAGCAAAAAGAAUGGAAAUGUUUAAUUUUCUAGAUGGCUUAAUACUGUUACCUGUAAACUUGUUUUUUUUUUUCCCCCAAUUGAAAGCUUUGAACCGUAUUUUUGUUCGUUCAUUACUUGAAGGUUUGUUACAGCCCGAAAAACUGAUAGACCUGUCACUUACCAAUUGUUUUUCUGCUUAUGAUCUGAAAGAAGUGCCUCCUCUGGACUGAAAAGUGAAAGUGUAUGUGUGUGUAUGUUUCUAUACAUCCACUCACAUCCUGUCCUAUUUCUGUAUCUCUAGUGCAAAGUCCACUAUGGAGAGGAAGUUACUUGACUGUUGCUGCUGUUCAUUUUACAGAAUUACAGUUACUAGUUUGUAUAGCUGCUUCUUGUGUGCUACGGGUAAAACCUUUUUUUUUUUAUUUUCACUGCAGGAGAUAGAACUGCUGCUGCAGACUGACACAGUGGCAGUAAUUUUUUUUUGUAACGGAGAAGAGAAUAAAAACGUCAUAUUGGGUGGAGAAGCUAACUGAAAAGUUAAUAGCCUCGUUCCGCCGGGACACAGGUUACACUGUGGAGGCCUGAAGUGCCCUAGAAACUUGGGCCUGUGUGCAGAACGUUGGGAAUUCUCAGUGGAGUCUGUAUCUAAGCACAUUGUUUUUUUUUCUCUGUCCUUGAGGGCAUGUUGGGCUGAGGUGGGGGGACUUGAGUGAGUCUUUGUGCGGGCUCUGAGGAGUUGUGGUACUUCAGGGGUGUUGAGAGAGCCCGGGUGGGCUGCGACACCAGCUAGUGCCCACUCUUCUGCCCAAUGGAAGCUACUAAGCGGAAAAAGUUUUUUUUUUUCCUUCAUGCGUUCUCCUCAUUCUUAUCCGAGGAAAAAGUUCUGUGUUGCACAAACAUUCCCUUCUAACCAAAAUAAAAGCCCUGACUUGGUUUUGUAAAUGUU